GGGCGGGCCUGGUCGUCGUUGUUGCCGGCGGUGGGUGUCGGGGAAGGAGCCGCCGCGCUUGCUUUUUCGCUCGGCGGCCAUGAACGGCUCGGCGAACCCGCUGCUGGACAAGGACGAGCACCCGCUGCAGCUGGGCGAGAGCUUCGAGAGGCACCCCAAGGCCUCCUUCCACACCAUCCGCUAUGACUUCAAACCAGCAUCUAUCGAUACAUCUUGUGAAGGGGAGCUUCAAGUUGGCAAAGGAGACGAAGUCACAAUUACAUUACCACACAUCCCAGGUUCUACUCCUCCAAUGACGGUGUUCAAAGGAAAUAAAAGACCAUACCAAAAGGACUGUGUACUUAUUAUCAAUCACGAUACUGGGGAGUAUGUGCUCGAAAAGCUAAGCAGCAGCAUCCAAGUCAAGAAGACACGAGCUGAAGGAAGCAGCAAAAUCCAGGCCCGGAUAGAACAGCAAUCGGCCCGAGCCUCACAACCUUCCUCUACCCAGUUCAGAGCUCCUACAAAACCAGCAGCGGGUCCCAAGACCUCCCCACUGAAAGACAAUCCUUCACCAGAGCCUCAGCUGGAUGACAUUAAGAGAGAGUUGAGAGCCGAGGUUGAAAUAAUUGAGCAGAUGAGUAGCAGCAGCGGAAGCAGCUCGUCGGAUUCAGAGAGCUCUUCUGGGAGCGAUGAUGAAACCUCGAGCAGCGAUGGGGAUGUCGCUGCACACCCUUCCCCUUCCCAGCCGGGUAACAACAAGAACUCUGUUGCCAACGGAACCAGCAGGCCACAAGGAAGCAAUCAGCUCAUGAGCACGCUCAGAAAUGACUUGCAGUUGAGUGAAUCUGGAAGUGACAGCGAUGAUUAAAAUGAGGUUUCUCCAUUGGUUUUCUCUUGCAAAUAUGUGAAGAUGUAAAUCUCCUGAGGAGUAAGAAUGAUGUAAGUAUAGAAGCCGGCUCACAGGACACAGCUGUAUGUGGCAUUUGACGGUGAAGGGGGCUACAAAUAUUCCUGAAGCAAGGCUUAUACGCUGUUUACUUAUGUAUAAAUUGUGUAUGUUGUGUAUAUCUUUUUGAACGUUUUUUAAUGGAUGUGAAUAUACCAGUCUUAAUUCAGUGACCUGUGCUCUUAACAUGCUGGCGCUCUGUAAUUUUGGUGUACUCCAAUAUGAUUCUUGCUGUUAGGAAAGGCUGCGUACCCCAAUAAGAUAAAGCAAAAGCUGUCACUGGGGUAGAUGUAACUCAGGUUUACCAUUUUAAAAACAAAAUAGGAAGUGGAGUACAAAUUUCAAGGGUUUUUAUGCAAAGAUGUCGAAUAGCAUUAAGGCAGGUGUUAAUUGUCAGUAGCCUUGUCACUGGUGAUGAAUACAAAUUUCACCCAGGCAAGGGAAUUUAAAAUACUGGGGUUUCUUUUCUUUCUUUUUUCCUUUUGAGGUUCUCAGUAUGACACAAGUGAUUGAUAGAGGUAUAUGUAGGCAGAGAGUUUAGUAGAACCAUGCAUAGGCUAAUAACUUGUGGACUCACAUGUAAGGCUUUCUUACUACUGCUCAGAGAUCGUAUGCCGAUUAAGUUUUUGUGACCGUACAAAUAGGAAACCUAACAAUGCCUUUUAUUACUUCCAUGUUAGAAAUUCAUCAUACCUGUGCCCCAUCACACAUGAAAAUGCAUAGGUCUGCUGGCCAAUAUGCACUGUAGAAACCCACACCACUCAGCGCUAAGAAUGGAGGAAUGUUUUUAAAUGGUUUUAUACACUAAUUUGGGCAGUUCCAACCCCAUUCAGUUUUGCUCGUCUUGGACUGCCUCUUGCCUUGAGCACCCACUUAUGCCCAAGCCAAGCCCAACUAAUAAUAUGCCAAAAGAAAAUAAUGUAUAUCAAAGUAUGAUGUACAUAAAAGAGUCAAUCUCUAUGCUUCAGUAUACUUCAUCAUAAUUUUAUAAGUAAAUUAAUGCAUAUGUAUUUCAUAUGGUUAUAUGCAUAAUUGUACCUAUUUAUGUACUGCUUGCUUUAGGAAAUCUGGAGGGAAUAUACAUAUAAUAAUGCAUAUAAUGGGCAAGAAUUGUUGGCAUUUUUAGCAGGACCAGCACAGGGGUGGAGGAACCUAACCCCAUCAAGAUUAAAGAGCAAGAUGAAAAUUAGAAGGGGGGGGAAAUCUGUGCACAUAAACUUGAUAUUGAGAUUUUAAGAAAAUCCUAUCCCUAUCCAGUGCUUUAUGUUAUGUGAACAUACUGUGUAGCGAAACAGUUGUGUACACAUGGGGGGGGAUUUUAAUUCCCACUCAUAGAAGUGAUACUCAUGUUGGAAACUUACCUCAUUUGGUGAAGUUACUGGAUUGUUGAGACCCAUAACUUUUCAAAAUGAGAAGCAUGGAAUCCCCCAGAACAAGAACUACCCAUAACAUACCAGAUUUAGCCUCUCCAAAGUUCCACCUGCCAAUCUGUGUGGGUCAACAGGAAACAGAGGACACAAUCCUUUGUGUAUUUGUUGCU